AUGUGUCGUUCAUCCUUUGGAGAAAUUUCCAAACACCUGAAGGCUGGAUGUAUCCUGAUCAGAAAGCUGGUAUGUGAGAAGAUGGGUUUUGUCUGGGACAGGUUUUGGCUGGAAAGAACCGUGCGAGGUAAACCCUACCCACCACACCCCUCGCCCACUACAGACUCCGCCCACAGCCACACCCACUAGAACUUCAACGAGUCCCACCAGGGAGAUCAUGCCUAUCUGGCAGCAGAACCUGGACGUCAAGUGGGCGUAGACGUGAUGAAGACCAUCAUACCGUGUAGCUGCUCUGUGCCGGAAUUUUUCCACAUCAUGAAUCGUCUGUUCACGGAUCUGGAGUGGAUGAACAUCCAUUCAGCUGGCUCAGACUGGGACCAAUUUGACAUGUUCUCCAGGCACUGGGCAUUGAAGGAGAGCUUCAUUAAAGCAAUUGGUACAGGGCGGGGCUUCAACCUGCAGAGGGUGGAGUUUCACAUCUCGCCCAAUCAGAUGCAGGAGGGUCAAGUGUAGCGGCAGACACUAAUGUACCUAGAUGAUGAAGAUGAUGACUGGAUAUUUGAGUGCUGGUACAUCUGUCUGUUGCUGCUGGAGCGUGCGAAUAUGACACUGAUCACUUUCUCCCCAUCAAGAGCUCACAUCCGUCAUUCCUCUAUGUCUUUCAUUAUAUACGUCCCAUAA